AUGUACGACGUUUUGCGGGCCCACGGGCUUCCGAUGGGACUGCUGCCGAAAGGGGUGGUCGACUUCGAAAUCGACGACGCCGGCAGGUUUACGGUCCACCUGGAUCAGGCCUGCAAUGCCAAGUUCGAGAGCGAGUUGCAUUACGACAGAAACGUUUCGGGGAUGCUGAGUUUCGGGCAGAUCGGAUCCUUGUCGGGUAUUUCGGCCCAGGAGCUGUUCCUCUGGUUCCCCGUUAAGGGUAUCCGGGUCGACGUCCCCAGCUCCGGCAUCAUCUACUUCGAUGUCGGGGUUGUUUAUAAGCAGUUCUCGCUGUCGCUUUUUGAAACGCCACCGGAAUGCACGGCUGCCUCUGGCGGCGUUGAAGCCGUUGGGGCGGUGUCCAAGAGUGAAUCGGGGAGAUUGCGGUCUAAGCUCCUUUUCGAUCAUGUUGGGAGAGAUUUUGUGUAG